AUGGCUUCCCCGGAUGUGGUCGUGCUAUCGGUGAAGGUCGCCAAGCAGCGCAAGCCUCGUCCACCGCGGAAGGAGGGCAUAUUCGACAAUGGUGCUGACAGCCAGGAGCCAGCCGGACCUCAGAAAGUAAAGCAAGAAGUGAAGAAGGAGAUCCAGGCAGACACGCCAGCAGGCGCAUCUCAAGGCCAAGCCCCAGACAUCCACCAGGUGCUCCAGGUGAAGGAUGAAGUGAAGGAAGAAGUUGAGGAGCGAGAAAGCAAUACCCACAUGGUAGCCCAGACCAAGCUGGCAGUGAAGGAGGACCUGAAGACAGAGGUGAAAGAGGAGGUUCCGAAGAACAGAGAGCAACACGUGAAGACUGAGAUCAAGGAAGAGCAAUUGAAUUGCAAUGACGAGCGGGUCAAAAAGGAGAUCACGCCGAAGGACAUCAAGCAAGAGGUGAAGGAGGAGGUUUCGAAAGACGCCCACAUGGAAGUGAAGAAAGAGAGCAACGAGGUCGUCAGCUCUCGCCGAAGAAUGCGCACAAAGGCAAAGGCUGAGAUCAAGCAUGAAAUGAAGCAGGAGGACCAGAAGUGGCCAUGCCAGUUGAUUUGCACCAAGCGGGAGCCAGUGGAUUCCCUGCCUGUGCAAGUUAAGCAAGAGAACUUCGAGCAGCCUGGGCCGAAGAGGCGUCGACUGAGCCAGAAGAGUCCUGAUGUCUCCGUUCCAUCCUUCGAAUCGCGAUUGACAGAGUGGGCCGAGAAAUGCCUAGCAUUUCAAUCCUCUGGCAAGACGUGGCUCCCCACGAAGCCCUGCUGUCCGGCCAGCCCGUUUCUCGGAUUAGCCGCAGCUCCGUGGCAAGGAUGUGUAAGAGACACAACAACAGCAUGCGUGCAGCUCCUCGGCAAUGAGCAGUUCAGAGAGUUGCGCGACUUCUACCGCGAGAAUCCACACCAUGCUCUCUUCCAUGACAACAGUGACCCAAGCAGCGAGGGACAGGCAGUGACCACUACUGCUGGAUCCAGGCCGCAGCCCCACAGGAGCUCAACCGGCAAUCAGCACCGAGCAGCUGAGUGCAUGAAAAUGUGGCCCUGGAUGCGGGACCUUCCGACUCGAGCUUGGGCCGGCAAUGGCUGGCUGCUCGUGGAGGACGGCAUGAUGAAGCUCUCGCCGACCGGGGGAGGCUCCGCCAUGCAAGGCCUCGAGAUCUUCGAGUCCGUGGGCUCCGUCCCGGAGCCCGGCGAGCAGAAGCCCUUGGAGUCGACGAGCCAGGUGGAGCCCAGAGCUGAGGGCGAACAAGUCGUCACCAAGAACUUCCGAGGCCUGGAGCGCCAGAGCGGCAUCCAGGGAAUCUAUUGGGAAAGAGUGAUGGCGAGCUGGAGAGUCGAUUGGCGGGACGCUGGCAAGCGGAGGAAGCUCAAUUUCCCCAUCUCCAAGCACCUGAAGCUCGGCCUCAGCGAAGGCGAAGCCUUGGAGGCGGCCCUCGAGGAGGCCAAGGCUUUCCGCGAGGAGCUCGUGCGCCUCGGCAAGCUGAAGCCGCCGAAGCCCAUCACGGAGAAGGCCUCCGGCUCCAAGGUGAGGGGCGUCGAUUUUCAGAAGUCUAAACAGAACUGGCGGGUGCAGUUCAUGCAUCCCAUCACCAAGAAGAACUUGCACGGCGGCUACUUCAAGGUGAAGGAGGAGGCGGAGGCCAGGGCCCGGGACCUGGCCAAGGAGUUGGGGUUGCAGGAGGAGCUGGUGCCCGUGAAGCCGCUCUCGGAGCUCCCGCACUUCGAGCCGCUCGGGCCGCAGAAGGGCAUCAGAUGGGUCCCCGGUGAGCAGGCCUGGCAUGCAAGAUGCCAAGGCAAGCACAUGAGGUUCCGCCCCAAGGAUUUCUCGCCGAAGGAGGUGGAGAAAGCCUGGAAGCAGGCGGUGGCCUGGCGCAAGCAGCAGGAGAAGGAUCGGGCUGAACAGCCCUGCAAGCGGUGA